AUGAUUGAAGCGACAAUGCCCUCAGAACAUAUCAGCAACUUCAAACCCAAGACUAUGUUUCCACCAAAACUCAUUGCUAAAGCCGAAGCGGAACUUGACAUGUUCACUUCGAUUCUUGAAGAGAACGGUAUCAAAGUUUACCGACCGCCAAAGGACAUCGACUGGCUGGCAGAAGAUGGAUACACUGGAGCCAUGCCGCGAGAUGGCCUCAUGAGUGUCGGCAACACUCUGAUCGAAGCUUGCUUUGCGUGGCCUUCGCGGUCGAAGGAGAUCGAGAUUGGAUUCACUCCCAUACUCCAUCAAUUGGCUCUUGAUCCUCGAGUAAAAAUUGUUCGCCGCCCAAGAGACACUUUUGCAAACACCUUGUUUGAUGAUGACGCCACCAUAAAUGGCCAAUGGGUAAUCAACAACAGUCGUCCAGCAUUCGACACAGCAGACUUUAUGAGGUUCGGCACCACAAUCAUUGGCCAGCUUAGCCAUGUUACGAAUCAAGCGGGUGUGGAUUGGGUCAUCAAAAACCUCCCUAAAGGGUACAAGGUUGAAAUGAUUGAGGUGAAUGAUCCAAAUGCCAUGCACAUCGACGCAACAAUUCUCCCUCUUCGCCAGGGCCUCCUUGUCUACAACCCGAAAAAGGUCACCGAGCAGGCCCUGAGGAAGCAUAUGGUGCUGGCUGAUUGGGAGCUCCGGCCUUACCCCUUCACACCAGAAAACCGAGUGUCCCCCCCGCUUUAUAUGACCAGUCCAUGGCUCUGUCUGAACGCGUUAGUGUUGGAUGGCCAGAAGAUGGUGGUCGAGGCUAAUGACUUGAAAAGUCGUCAAUGGUUUGAGUCGCUGGGAAUGACCGUUUGA